AUGACUGAAAAGUAUAGGGAAAACCUACCAUGGGUUGAAAAAUACCGUCCAGAGAACCUUACUGAAGUGUACGGCCAACAAGAUAUCGUCAACACCAUACGUAGAUUUGUCGAGACGGGCAAAUUGCCACACUUGCUAUUCUAUGGACCUCCAGGUACCGGUAAGACAUCAACAAUUAUUGCCUUGGCGCGUGAAAUCUAUGGACCCAACUACAAAAACAUGGUUUUGGAACUCAAUGCCUCUGACGAUCGAGGUAUUGAUGUUGUUCGUAACCAAAUCAAGAGUUUUGCGUCAACAAGACAGAUUUUCGCUAGUUCUUCGUCGCCCCAGUUUAAAUUGAUUAUUUUGGAUGAGGCUGAUGCCAUGACUAGCGUUGCUCAAAACUCCUUACGAAGAAUUAUUGAAAAGUAUACGAAAAAUUGUCGGUUUUGUAUAUUGGCCAAUUACGCACACAAGUUGAAUCCAGCCUUGAUUUCGAGGUGUACCAGAUUCAGGUUCCACCCCAUUGACGAAGAGGCAAUACGUAGUAGGAUUGAUAACGUCAUAAUCAAAGAGAAGGUGAAUAUCACGCCAGAUGCAUUGAAUACGUUGCUAAACUUGUCACAAGGAGAUAUGAGACGAAGUUUGAAUGUGCUUCAAGCAUGUAAAGCUGCGUGUGAAGAAGAUGAAACGAUUGAUAUUGAAAUGAUUUACAACUGUGUUGGAGCUCCGCAUCCCCAGGAUAUUGAAGCUGUUUUGGAUUCGGUAUUGAAGCAGGAUUGGACCACUGCUUAUUUGACAUUGAACAGAUACAAAGUUGACAAGGGUUUAGCUUUGAUUGAUUUGAUCACUGGGUUUAUUGAAAUACUCAAUGACUACAAAGUUAAACCAAAAACGAGAAUUGAAUAUUUGAAAGGGUUGAGUGAGGUGGAGUAUGGGAUAUCGAAGGGGGGUAAUGACAAGAUUCAAAGUAGUGCGAUAAUCGGCGUUAUCAAGCAAGCCAUGGAAAAUGAAGCUUAG